AUGGCAGAAAUAGCUAUAACCACAUCUCGACCUUCCUCCAAUGGCCUACCGUCACUUGCUGAGCAGGAGCAAGAUAUUCAAGAAAAUGACAAACUUGGAUCACAGACGCUAGCCGUGACGAUGGACACUCCAACCAUAACCGACUCAUUGGUAGAUGCUUCGUCUGUUCCACCAACACAGAAGUCACGCCUUGCUCGUCUCAAGACUGUUUUGGAUCAAAAGCUUAAUAUUGUUAAAAUGGACGCUUCAACAUCAAUGAGAGAAGAAGCUAAAAAUUAUAGGGAAACCGCCGCCAAAUUGCUUACCAAAUUCCAAAGUCAAAGUGCAGCUGCUAUGGACGACGUGACGCAAUCCUUAUCCAUGCUGGUGGAUGCAGACCAUCUGGCUAAAUUAACCUUACGAGAUUUUAAAUAUGCGCUGGAGGGAGUCACAUCGGCUUGUCGUGCUUCGAAUAAGAGGAUUGAUGUCCUCGAACGAGAUUUGGAAGCUCUGGAUUCCAAGAAAUGUAAAGUUGUCGGCGAGAUCUUGUCCAAUUAUGGCAAGCAGCUUGCUUCUUUGCAGUAUACAAGCCCGAGCUCCAUUGUCAAACAACUGCAAAACGAAACUGUCCUUCAAGAUGUAACAGCUCUCGAAAACCGUGAAGUAGUAGUACAACAUUGUGCUGCAGUCCGGCUAGCAUGGGCAGAAGUAACAGAAAAGCUCGAAUCCUGUCUCGACAUUCACAAGGAACGAUGGAGACACGCACGUUUCGAUCACGUUCUCGGUAUAAUACGUGCUGAGGCAAAAGCUAUUUCGCAAUGGGACUUGUCUCUGUACGCCAGAUUUCAGAAACAAUUUGACGACAUGGUCAAGGGACAAACUCAACUAUUAGAAUCUAUAAGUGAAGCCAAAUCAAAGGAUUUGAAUAUGGAGUAUAUCAAUAUGUUUAGGAAGCGCGUAUUUGGGCUGUCUUUUCGCCAAGAGAAGCUAUUGCAUGCAUUUCAAGCAGAGCUAGUUGAACUGGAAGAUAGAGGGACCAGAGAUGUUGUGGCUGCUAUAGCCAAAUAUACGCCGCUACUGUCUGAAUGCCUUCCCAAUGGUGCGAGCGUGGAUAGGAUACUUCAAGAUGAAUUCGGCAAGAAGAAAACCGACAUGGCAGCACUCGUUCCCGGUAAACGAGCAGCUUUGCUCCUGCCUACACAAAACGGACGAAAUCGAGACAUCAUGUUGCUCGUCUCAGACCUUAUGACGAGUCUAUAUCAAGCACGGCAAGAACUCAACACCCUGGUCUCAUCAUGCGAGGAAGGAGUCGCUAUGAGUCUCCGUGAUUUACAUCGAGACUAUGUCAACGAGUUUAGAACUAUGGAAAGGACGUUACAGACGGAAAUGGAUUUGAUGAUUAAGGAAGAAGUUGCUGGUGCUUGUAACGCUCGAGCUGAUAGGUGUCGUGGAAUUGCUGCAAAGAUGGAGCAACACCACAUUGAAUUCAACAAUGAAUCUCUCACUACUAUUGGGAACUUGAAAGAGCGUCUCGAACGCGUUUUUACUGUCUACAGAGAGAAUCUCUGCAUGUUGUUGGAUGCCCAUAUGGAAAAGAUGGAGACGUCUAACGCUCCCAAGAGUGCUAGAAAAACACCAACAACACGCCGCGAUGGAGACAGACCAAAAACUCCCAAGCCAGCUCUAGCAGGCAUUCUGACAUCUCGCGGAACUCUCCAAAUUAUCUCAAACCCAUCUUCCGGCCACGAACUCGAACGGUGGUCUCAUUCAGUUGUAGCCUGGCGACAGCAUCAAAAAAUGGUGGUCUUGUCUCAAGUUGCUGAAGCAUGUGCCGAAGCAGCUCGAGAACGUGCUUAUGCUCGGGGUAUAGAUCUAGACCACGAUUCAUCGAAAGCACCGGACAGUGCCGGCAAGAAAAAACUACGAGCUACCAAAGUUCGACAUCAUAGCCAUCACCAUCAUCGCCAUUUAAACAUUGAGAAUAAUCAAGGGCUUCCAGAGCAUUCUGUGCAUGAUGUUGAUGAAGCUCUGAGCUCAUUACUAGUAUCUAUUGUGCCGAAGGAGCCCGAUGAACAUCACGUGGUUGAAAUCAAGUGUAUCGCUGUGGGUGUCUUGUCGGCUUUACGAGGUGCUUUGCAGCUACGAUUUUUCGAUGAUGCGGAUGAUUUGGAAGAUGUCAGGAAGAAAUUGGUUACGACUCAGAUUCAGGAACGGACUGAUACAAUGAGGAAUGAACUGAGUACCGCACUAUUUGGACAUGAGGCAAGAUUAAGGCAGUUAGAGACCGCUCACAGUCAACGGUUGAGACAAAUCGAAAGACUAAAUGUCGAAUGCGACCAAGAAGCACGAGCACUAGCAUCGUAUAUCUCCUCUCUCGAAACAAGCUACCGAGAAGCAGUAACCCGUCUCGAGCAAACAUCAGCUUCCUUCAUCGACAACGAAGUCAAAUCCUUCCAAGCACGUGUAGCAUCUGCAUCAUCAGCCUCCCAAAUAGAACGUGCUAAAGACUCCUUCAUAUCAGGCUACAAGGCGCACACUGAACUACUUACAACAAUGACAUCAACAGCAGCUCGUAAUUUUGCUGAAGGCCUAGCUCGAAUAAAAGAAUCACGAGCAAAUCCAUCUCACCAUCGUAUUUGGGAGACAUUGAAAGCUAUUUUUCCACGACAGGAUGAUGGUGGUUUGCCUAAGCUGGAAGUUUUGCCUAAAGAUAUGGAAGUGAGGAUUGAACAUGUACAAGCUGGUCUGAGGACGACUAUGGAGCAUGUUGCUGCUGAAGUGAGGGACUUUGCUGCUGAUUUGGGUAUGACGGACGGAUCUUCACAUGCUAUUGGCUCUGUGAGGCUGAUGUUGAAAGCUGAGGUCGUGAAAGUCAAUCGAAUGGUGGCUUUAACAGAUGAGCAGAAUGCCGUGUUGUUGAGCUCAAUUGAAGCCAAGAAGCUAUACUGGGAAUCAGCACAAACACUCUUGGAAGAAUGUGAACAACUCCGACAGUCCAUUGUUCAAGUUGUCUUGUAUCUUGAUGGAUUGGCAGUGGGUAUACCAACACCAGCCAAAGUUGUUUUAAUACCAUCUAUUGAUGUCUGGGAGAAGCAGCAAGCUGAAAGCCGAAGUGUCCCAAAUGCUGGAGAGAAUUCCACCACAAAGAAGCCGUCCGCCAAAAUCAAAUCGAAUGUUUCCAUAACUUCUGCGACAACCACCGCAACAAAGAAAUACGGUGCCAGUAGCACUCAUCCAGCCGCAAACACCUCGCUAGUACGAGCAGGACCUCUAAUCGAUGCUAUAGAAGCCACCUCAACGGGGACUCGAGUGACUAUAAAGCAACUCAGUGAUGCCUACUAUGCCGAUAGAGCAGGGCGGUCUGUUCGCCGAACAGAUUUACUACCAAAUACAGCAUUCGCAUUCAUGGCAAAGAUGGAUCAAGAGCUGGUAGCUUUGAGGAAUCAAGCUGAGCAGACUAGGAUGCAAUUGCUAUGUGCCUUCCACUCUAAGCUUGCAAUGGGCGCAUCUACAUUAACAACAAGCACAUGCGCAAUCCUCCAAAAUAUCUUGACAGAUACCUUAGCACGAGCCAAAACCUCAUGGCAGCAGCAAACAAGGACAUUUGCUAACACGUUUCAAGCAUGUCGAUCUGAUCGUAAACUAUGUGAAUUGCAACUUUUGCCUUCUUUAACACCGUCUGAGUUGGAUGCAUUGGAUUUGAAUGCUAAAGACGUGUAUUCAAGAGCUAUGAGUUGCUUGAAGGAGUCAUUGGAAGCUGGGGUUACAUGUGUGUUGGAAGACGCCAUCAAGAUUUUCUUGUCGAGAGUGUAUUGGACGUGCUCUAUGUUUGGAAAUAUUAUCAAUGCUUCGAUAGUGCUAGAAGAUUUGGAUCGACCAGGCGAAGGACCUCGCAUAAAGACACGCCGAUCUAUAGAAGAUGUUGUGUUGUCUGAAAAGAAGCCGCCGAAAGCUGAAGAAGUUAUUCUGAUAGUACCUACCACCUCGAGUCUGGAAUGGCCAAGUCUCGACUUAACCAAAGUCUCUCUCCCAACUUUUGCGUCUGAUGCGUCUUCAUUCACCCCAUUACCACUAUCCACACGAGCAUCCACAUACCAAGACCAAGUCCUCCAAUACCGAGACACCUUAUUCGCAACUCUCUGUACCGAAACCACAAGACUCAUGACAGUCCUCUCACAUCAUUCCCGAGAAGAGACCUUGGAAUGGGAGAAAUGGCAUAAAGUGUGGAAUGCUAAUGUUGUCAGAAUACGGAACUCAUAUCCGUGA